AUGUUUUUCCCAUCAUCGUCGGUUUCAAUCAAACCGCCAUCAUCCUCUCAACCAUCUCCAUCUUCCUCUGCUUCUACGCCAACCACUUUGAUUGUGACUGGUCAUAUGACGCCCAGUUUCGAUUGUGAUGUCAGGGUCAAGAAAGUUCCAUCGAUCGCAAUGCUCAAUGUUGACAAUGGCAGCAGCGGUGGUGGAAGUGGUGCCAAUUCUCCUCGAAAAAAUAAGGAGGGGUCGUCUCCUUCAAGGUAUUCUCCUCUAUCUUUAAUAUCACCAAGAAAAAAGAGUAAAAAUAACAAAGACAGGGAUAAAGAAAAUAAUAGAGAUUUGGUUAUCGCAAACAACAAGGAAAAAGAAAUCAUUAAAGAGAAUAAUAGUAAUAGUAAUGUUAGUGUUGGUAGUAGUAGUAAGGAUCAAUCACCAUUAAUAUCAUUGUCACCAGGAGAUUCUUCAACUGGGUCAAUGUCACCUUCUUCAUCCUCUCCAAGUAAUAAUCAAAAGUAUUUUGAAAGUAUGGAUUCAAUGUCCUCGAUAACUGCUUCACUUUCAGAUCAUCAACAAUCGAUUAGCAAUAAUCCAAGUGCACAACCAUCUCCCCUUACCUCUCCAGAAGAGUUUAGAAAUCAAUAUAAACCUCUACCUUGCGAACCUGAUCUUUUACCAAUUUCUUCCCCUCCACCAAGUCAUCAUGACGAAGAUGAACAUAAUCAAAUCAAUCAAAUCAAUCAAAAUAAUCAAAAUAAUAGUAAUAAUAAUAGUAAUGUUGAAGAAAUCAUAUCGACUAAAAAAAAGGGGAUAUUCUCUGGACUUUUUUCAAGAAAAAAAGAACCAAAGAAUUUAAAUAUUAGUAAAUCAUUACCACAAACACCAUUACCAUCAUCGAAUCAACAACCUCAACAAAUGUCAAAAUCAUUUGAUUCAAUUAAAACUAGUGGUCAACAACAACAACAACAACAAUAUCAUCCAUCUCUGUUACCACCAGUUUCUCUUUCUCAUUAUGCACCCAUAUCACCCAUCCCUGUAACAUCACCUCUCAAAACCUCUAUUCUACACAAUCGAAAUAGAGGAGUGUCAUCAUUAAACAAUUCUGGUCAAUACCCCAGAAAGUCGAGCUCUCAAAUCGAUCUUGGCGGCAGCGGGAUCAUUGGCAUUUCCGUCUCGUCGACACCCAAACACCAAUCUUUGAUCAUGCCAGCUAAUAAUAACAUCUAUUCCCCUACUUUUCUACCCCCUCAUCUAGCCUAUAGUUCACAAUCGGUCGCAACCGAUGCCACUUGGCUAAUGAUCGUAUCCAACUGGAGUGAGUGGAGCGAACCUCAUUUCAGACCACUCCUCACCAAAUAUGUAUACCAAGGUAUUCCCGAUCGUUUCAGACCAACCAUUUGGUUUCAUCUAUCCAAUAUGAUCCCUCAAUUGACUACCAUCCCAGCUUGUAUAGAUUUAACCACAAAACAUAAUCUUGUUGAUAAAGCUCAAAUCCUUACACCUCUUAGUACACCAUCAACUGUUACUCCUACCAAUACGCCUGGAUUAAAAUCUCAAAAUAAUCAUCAAAAUCAAAAUCAACAAAAUCAACAAAAUAAUAUAACAUCACCAUCAUCACCAUCAUCAUCAUCACCAACAACAACGACAACAAAUAUAUUAAAUGCAAGUGGAGGUAGUAAUCAUCAUAAAUGUUUUUAUCAUAGUAUAUUGAAACAUCAUUCCGAACAUGAAGAACAAAUUGAUGUAGAUAUUCAAAGAAGUUUCUGUGAAGUAUCUGGUGAAUUACGUGACAAUUAUUCCAUUGCUCUUGCCAAUGUCUUACGUGCCAUCUCACUUUACGAUCCAGAGUUGGGUUAUUGUCAAGGUAUUUCUUUUGUUGGUAGUAUUAUGGUUCAAAAAGUUCAAGAAGAAGAAACUUUUCAUAUCCUAUUAAGAUUACUUGAAGGUGUUAUGAGAGAUUUUUAUACUAUUGGAAUGAGAGGAUUAAAAUUAAGAGUUUAUCAAAUAAGUAAAUUAGUACAAGAAUUAUUUCCAAAAUUACAUCAACAUUUGGAAAAGAUUGAUUUGGAUUAUACAAUCUUUGCAUCACCAUGGUUUUUGACAGCAUUUUCAUAUCAUUUGUCAGAAGAGUGUGUAGAGAGAAUCAUAGAUAUUAUCCUACUUCAAGGAGUGGAGGCAUUCUUUUCAGUGGGAUUGGCCAUUUUCCAAAUCAUCCAAGACGAUUUAUUGGCCUGCGCAGACAAUUCACAAGUGAUGGAAUACUUUAGAACCAAUGCCAAGGAAAAGAUUGACCCAAUCACAUUGAUGGACACUGCCGGUCGUAUUGGUAUUAGUAGCAAACAACUCUAUGUUUUCCAACAACAAUUUGAAAGGGAACAAAAACCAAACAUACCAUCUGAAUUUAAUCCAGAUCAAACGCCCAAGGAAAAGAUGAAGGAUCCAAACUGGGUCGUCAAAAAAUAUAAACUCAAAGAAAGAAUCAACAAUCUCGAAGAGGAUUUGGCGGUCAUGAAACAUGACAUGCAUCACACGGUAAAGAGAUAUGAAGAAGAAAAGAUCCAACUCGUAAGACAUUUACAAGAUGUAACCGAUCGUGAAUCAGGCCUUCUUCAAGCAGAAGUAAACUAUCAAAAUUCAUUACGCGACAAUCAAGACCUCAAAUCAAAAUUACAACAAGCAGAAGAAUUAAAUAGAUAUCUUGCAGAGGAAAUGAGAAAAAUGAGAACUCAAAUGGAUAAUCAAAUUUGGAAUAAUAAUCCAAAAAAAUCAAUUCAAUGGUCUUGA